UGCGCAGAAAACGUCAUUGGUCUAACGGUCGCCUCGUGACAAACUGCGCAUGUGCAGGCCGUCAACUCAAAAGGCACGGCUUCGAUAGUGUUUUUUGACGAAUUUCGAGUAAUAACACAAAUUACUUAAGACAUUGUCUCGAAUCUAGGUUUUGCCUUUAGAAAAUUAACAAAUAAGGAAUAUUUUUUCACUUCUUUCAUUUACUUCUCCAUCCCCAAACCCCGGCCUGGUCUACUUAGUCUGCUUCGAACGCUUGCGCUUUUGCGUCUCUGGGUUUAGAAUCUCUGUGUCCACACCUUGGCCCACACACCGCGACGCAAGGUGACGUUCAAUUGCACCGACGUCAAACGUUGCCCCCCACCAUGCGUAUUAAAUGUAUUGUUGUUGGAGUGGUUGUUAUGACUGGACAAGGCCUCGGUUUAAAUUAGGAGACCCCGCCGUCGCUGCCACGGUAGACCUGCCGAUGGAGGGCAUGGACAUAGACCUGGACCCGGAGCUCAUGCAGAAAUUCAACUGUAUGGGCACCACUGACAAGGAUGUCCUCAUCUCAGAGUUCCAAAGACUGCUGGGGUUCCAACUCAACCCGGCAGGAUGCGCCUUCUUCCUUGAUAUGACCAACUGGAAUCUACAGGCAGCCAUCGGUGCCUAUUAUGACGUUGAGAGUCCCAGCAUCAACACAUCAUCCAUGUCCUUUUUGGAGGAUGUGACGAUUGGUGAGGGAGAGUCUGUUCCCCCCGACACACCGUUCACAAAGACCUGGAGGAUACAGAACACAGGUGCAGAGUCCUGGCCACCCGGGGUAUGUCUGAAGUACAUUGGAGGGGACCAGUUUGGCCACAUCAACAUGGUGAUGGUGCGCUGUCUAGAGCCCCAGGAGAUCUCAGACGUCAGUGUGCAGAUGCACAGCCCUGCGUCACCUGGCAUGUACCAGGGCCAAUGGAGGAUGUGCACAGCCACAGGACAGUUUUACGGAGACGUGAUCUGGGUGAUCCUCAGUGUAGAGGUGGGGGGCCUGUUGGGCGUGACACAGCAGCUGUCCUCCUUCGAGACAGAGUUCAACACGCAGCCGCACCGCAACGUGGAGGGAGACUUCAACCCCUUCGCCUCGCCACAGAAGAGCAAACACAACGCCGGAGACCACAACAACUUGAAAGACCCUGGAGGAGCCUGGGAGGGCACGCAGGACGCCAUCCAGCAAGAUCAAAACGGACUGUCUCACAAUUCUGUAAAUAGAGCAUCGAAUGGGCUCCAAAGCAAUCUAUCAGUAGUGACUUACAGUCAGGGUAUUCAUGGCCCCUAUCCGUUUGGCCAGAGUUAGAAAGAUGGGAGAACCAGGCGGUGCUGAACUGACCCGGGUAUGUUGAGGCAGGGGCACCGGAGAGGGGAGUGACAUAUUUCAUACAGACUCCAGACAACCCUCUUUCUUGCCCCCAAUCCACCAAAACACAAGCUACAGAGAGAACAAGGAUGCACCUACCCCAGCGAAUAACCCCCUAGCAACAUCAUCAGCACCCUCCUGAGAUCUGCAUGUGUAAAUGCUACAUAAUGAGUGCUAUAAAUCCGAAAAAAGAAAUCAUACUAUCACACAGCUGUUUUUUAGUUUUCUUUCAACACACCUCAGUGAGUAAGGACUGCUGGAUGAGUUAAGCAAAGGGAUGGAUGUGUGUGUGUGCUUGAGUAAAUGACAUGUGUGAGUGAAAAAAGCCAUCUAAAACUAUUUUGCCUUGGUGAGCAAUUGUACAGUUGAAGUCGGAAGUUUACAUGCACUUAGGUUGGAGUCAUUAAAAUUCGUUUUUCAACCUCUGCACAAAUUUCUUGUUAACUAUACUUUUGGCAAGUCAGUUAGGUCAUCUACUUUGCAUGACAAGUUAUUUUUCCAAAAAUUCAAUUCACUGUAUCACAAUUCCAGUGGGUCAGAAGUUUUACAUACACAAGUUGACUGUGCGUUUAAACAGCAUGGAAAGUCCCACAAAAUGAUGUCUAGGCUUUAGAAGUUUCUGAUUGCUAAUUGACAUCAUUUGAGUCAAUUGGAGGUGUACCUGUGGAUGUAUUUCAAGGCCUACCUUCAAACUUAGUGCCUCUUUGCUUGACAUCAUGGGAAAAUCAAAAGAAAUCAGCCAAGACCUCCAGAAAAAAAGUUGUAGACCUCCAUAGGUCUGGUUAAUCCUUGGGAGCAAUUUCCAAACGCCUGAAGGUACCAUGUUCAUCUAUACAAACAAUAGUAUGCAAGUAUAAACACCAUGGGACCACGCAGCUGUCAUACCGCUCAGGAAGGAGACGCGUUCUGUCUCCUAGAGAUGAACAUACUUUGGUGCAAAAAGUGCAAAUCAAUCCCAGAACAACAGCAAAGAACCUUGUGAAGAUGCUGGAGGAAACGGGUACAAAAGGAUCUAUAUCCACAGUAAAAUGAGUCCUAUAAUCGACAUAACCUGAAAGGCCGCUCAGCAAGGAAGAAACCACUGCUCCAAAACCGCCAUUAAAAAAAGCCAGACUACGGUUUGCAACUGCACAUGGGGAGAAAGAUCGUACUUUUUGGAGAAAUGUCCUCUGGUCUGAUGAGACAAAAAUAGAACUGUUUGGCCAUAAUGACCAUCGUUAUGUUUGGAGGAAAAGGGGGACGCAUGCAAGCCGAAGAACACCAUCCCAACCGUGAAGCCUGGCGGUGGCAGCAUCAUGUUGUGGGGUUUGCUGCGGGAGGGACUGGUGCACUUAACAAAAUAGAUGGCAUCAUGUGGAAGGAAAAUGAUGUGGAUAUAUUGAAGCAGCAUCUCAAGACAUCAGUCAGGAAUUUAAAGCUUGGUCGCAAAUUGGUCUUCCAAAUGGACAUUGACCCCAAGCAUACUUCCAAAGUUGUGGCAAAAUGGCUUAAGGACAACAAAGUCAAGGUAUUUGAGUGGCCAUCAUCACAAAGCCCUGACCUCAAUCCUAUAGAAAAUUUGUGGGCAGAACUGAAAAAGCGUGUGUGAGCAAGGAAUGGCAGGAGGAAUAGGCCAAAAUUCACCCAACUUAUUGUGGGAAGUUUGUGGAAGGCUACCUGAAACAUUUGACCCAAGUUAAACAAUUUCAAGGCAAUGCUACCAAAUACUAAUUGAGUGUAUGUUAACUUCUGACCCACUGGGAAUGUGAUGAAAGAAAUAAAAGCUGAAAUAAAUAAUUCUCUCUACUAUUAUUCUGACAUUUCACAUUCUUAAAAUUAAAGUGGUGAUCCUAACUGACCUAAGACAGAGAAUUGUUACUAGGAUUAAAAGUCAGGAAUUGUGAAAAAUGUAGUUUAUAUGCAUUUGGCUAAGGUGUAUGUAAACUUCCGACUUCCAACGGUAGGUUUUUAAUCAAUGUCUGCAUAUGUACAGUACCAGUCAAAAGUUUUAAUGUUUUUAUUUAUUUUUCAUAUUUUCUACAUUGUAGAAUAAUAGUGAAGACAUCAACUAUGAAAUAACACAUGGAAGGAAUCAUGUUGUAACUAAAAACGUGUUAAACAAAUCAAAAUAUAUUUGAGAUUCUUCAAUGUAGCCACCCUUUGCCUUGACAACAGCUUUGCACACUCUUGGCAUUCUCAACCAGCUUAAUGAGGUAGUCACCUGGAAUACAUUUCAAUUAACAGGUGUGCCUUGUUAAUUUGUGGAAUUUCUGUCCUCAAUGCGUAUGAGCCAAUCAGUUGUGUUGACAUGGUAGGGUUGGUAUACAGAAGAUAAGAUCUAUUUGAUAAAAUCCCAAGUCCAUAUUAUGGCAAGAACAGCUCAAAUACGAAAAGCGAAACGUCAGUCCAUCAUUACUCUUAGACAAUCCGGAAAAUGUAAAGAACUUUGAAAGUUUAUUCAAGUGCAGUCACAAAAACCAAGCGCUAUGAUGAAAUUGGCUCUCAUGAGGACCGCCACAGGAAAGGAAGACCCAGAGUUACCUCUGCUGUUCAUUAGGGUUACCAGCCUCAGAAAUUGCAGCCCAAAUAAAUAAUUCAGAAUUCAAGUAACAGACACAUCUCAACAUCAACUUUUCAGAGGAUACUGUGAAUCAGGCCUUCAUGGUCGAAUUGCUGCAAAGAAACCACUACUAAAGGAGCCCAAUAAGAAGAAGAGACUUGCUUGGGCCAAGAAACACGAGCAAUGGACAUUAGACCGGUGGUAAUCUGUCUUUUGGUCUGAUGAGUCCAAAUUUGAGAUUUUUGGUUCUUUUGUGAGACGCAGAGUAGGUGCACGGAUGAUCUCCGCAUGUGUGGUUCCCACCGUGAAGCAUGGAGGUGUGAUGGUGUGGGGGUGCUUUGCUGGUGACCUUGUCUGUGAUUUUUUUUGAAUUCAAGGCACACUUAACCUGCUUGGGUUCCACAGUAUUCUGCAGCGAUACGCCAUCCCAUCUGGUUUGCACUUAGUCCCACUGUCAUUUGUUUUUCAACAGGACAAUGACCCAAAACACACCUCCAGGCUGUGUAAGGGCUAUUUGACCAAGAAGGAGAUUUAUGGAGUACUGCAUCAGAUGACCCGGCCACCACAAUCACCCGACCUCAUCCCAAUUGAGAUGAGUUGGUCCGCGGAGUGAAGGAGGAGCAGCCAACGAGAUCAGCAUUUCAAAUUGUAUUUGCCGAAUACAACAGGUAGACCUUACCGUGAAAUGCUUACUUACAAGCCCUUAACCAACAAUGCAGUUCAAGAAAUAGUGUUAAUGAAAUAUUUACAAAAUAAACUCAAGUAACAAAAUCGAAUCAAUCAAAAUAACACAAUAACGAGGCUAUUUGUAGGGUGUACCAGCACCGAGUCAAUGUGUGGGGGUACAGGUUAAUCGAGGUAAUUUGUAAAGUGACUAUGCAUAGAUAAUUAACAGCGAGUAGCAGCAGUGUAAAGACAAAGGGAGUGGGAGUUGGACCCAUGUCAAGUCUUUUCAGUCUCCUGCGGGGGAAAAGGUGCUGCUGUGCCCUCUUCACAACUACUUUGGUGUUUUUGAACCAAGAUAGUUUGGUGAUGUUGACACCAAGGAACUUAACUCUCGACCCGCUCCACUUCAGUCCCGUCGAUGUUAAUGGGAGCCUGUUCGGCCUUCCUAUAGUCCAUGAUCAGCUCCUUUGUCUUGCUCACAUUGAAAGGUUGUUGUCCUGGCACCAAACUGCCAGGUCUCUGACCACCUCCCUAUAGGCUGUCUCAUCGUUGUUGGUGAUCAGGCCUACCACUGUUGUCAUCAGAAAACUUAAUGGUGGUUUUGGAGUCGUGCUGGCCACGCAGUCGUGGGUGAACAGGGAGUACAAGAGGGGACUAAGCACGCACCCUUGAGGGGCCCCAGUGUUGAGGAUCAGCGUGGCAGAUGUGUUGUUGCCUACCCUUACCACCUGGGGGGGGCCUACCCUUACAACAUGUGGGAAGUCCUUCAAGACUGUUCGAGAAGCAUCCUACGCAAAGAUUGUUGAGAGAAUGCCAAGAGUGUGCGAAAAUGUCAUCAAAACAAAGGUUGGCUACUUUGAAGAUUCUCAAAUAUAAAAUAUAUUUUGAUUUGUUUAACACUUUUUCUUGGUUGCUACAUGAUUCCAUAUGUGUUAUUUUGAUUUCUUCACUAUUAUUCUACACUUGUAGUAAAUAGUACAAAUAAAGAGAGAACCUUGAAUGAGUAGGUGUGUCCAAACGUUGGACUGUUACUAUAUGUGAAUGGUUUCCUUUUGGAUUUGACUAAACAUGAAAUGGUGGUUACUACUUCGGUAAGGAAGUGGUGACCUAUGUACACAUAAAUAUAAUACUCCUUCUAAAACAAUUCCUCCACUGAUGUUUCAGAAUUUAGGAUACAGGCCUGUGAAGGAGUAGCCCAGUAAAUAAGGCUUUGCUGUACUGUUCUAACACAGAGAUGCAUAAUUCAGUCGUAAAGCUUGUUCUUUAGAGCAAGCAGAUGGUGCUAAUAAUUAAACUACCAAACCAAAUUGGCUCUGACACGUCACGACGGACAACAUCAUAGAAAAUAGACUUCUGGGUUUGUGACUUCUCAAGCCAGCAGCAAUAUCAACACCAUUGUUUUAUUUCUGCAGUUGUUUCUGCAGUUUGCACGAUGCCACUUCAGGUGUUUGCAAGUGGUGAUUUGAUUUACUGUCUGGAUCUAGAGCGUAUUUUGUGUUUAUAUAUAUAUAUACUCCUUGUUUUAUAUCUUUCUUCCAAACUUGUACACAACAUUGAGUCCCGUUUUGAUUGUCAAAUGAAGUAAAUUUGGUACUACUUAUAUUGAAAAGAACACAGGUUCAACCCUGGAAUUCAUUGUACUCCGCAUGAAGUGCUGUAUGAGGUUUAGUUAUGUUAAUCAUUGUUUACAAAUAUCAACCAAGCUAAGUUAACAUCGUGUUCUGAAAUCUGUUUACCAUUUGGGAAUGUUGUCGUUUUUAACUCUUUCUUCAAGCAAUCCUGAUUUGUCUGCUUCCCGUGUUCCACCAGGUUGAGUAAAAAAAAAAAAAAGGAAAUGAGUGACAAUUGUUAUUCAUCGACUAAAGCUGUUGUAGAUGCCUGUACAAUAGUCUUUUAUGGUUUAUUCUGAUGGACGGUAUCUGUUUUCUUGUGGGCAUGGUGUUUUCACACAAGCCUUUCAUAUUUCUGUAUUUCUCAAGGUCAUACUGUUAAUCCUCCCAAACGUUUUUUUUUUUUAAAUCAUCGGAGUCCCUUUGUCUGCUUUGCUUGUGUUUGUGUGUUCGACGGGGAGAGUUUUUAAUUAUUUGCUUCUUUUUUUUUUUAAAGCAGUGUGGCGUGGUGAGUGGAUGAGUGGAGAGUUUGCAUAGUCUUAUGAUAGAACAUUUAUGAGAAGAGAAAAUGGCAAAUUCAAGCAUUUUUCCUGUAUGUAUAAAUCAAGAUUUGUAUGAUUAAAUUAACACUGACACAAAUAA